AUGUCGGUGGUCCCCACGGCAGUCUUGAUCGACGGCGAGGUCGGCGGCGAUGUGCGCCGCCCCUCGCACGAUGUCAGCCAUGUCGCGCAUUCGCAUACAGAAGUGACGCCCGCACACGUCACGCACGAUCCCUCGGUCACCUUUGAGGAAUACCUAUACUACGCCGAGAUCACGCGCAAAGAAGAAGAGGCUUCCAACGCCUUGUACCUCUCGCGCCGUGGCCCGUCCACGGUGCAGAACCUGGUCAAGAGGACUCUGUUCAAGAGCGACAACCACCCGCCGCCCCCCACCUCCGGCGACGAGAAGGUCGCAGACGAGAGAGUCGCGGACGAGAAGCCCUCCAAUGGCUCAAACACUGCCAUCGUCACUGGCGUGACGGCCGACGAGUGGAAGCAAGCCAACCGCGCAUUGCGCACUGCAGGAUGGGGCGGCGUCUUCUACCUGAUCACUACCGACAUCUUGGGCCCAUACACAGCCCCGUGGGCCUUUGCCCAGAUGGGUUACGGGCCCGGCGUCGCGCUCUACACCGUCUUUGGCAUCAUGUCGUACUACUCCGGUUAUCUCCUGUGGAAGGCCUUCUUGAACCUCGACUCUGACAAAUACCCCGUCAGGGGCUACGGCGACCUGUACUACCGCGUUUUCGGCCCGCUGUCGCGCCACCUCAUCAACUUCUCCCAGGGUCUGCAGCUCCUCCUGUUCGUGUCCGUCCUGAUUCUCGGCACGGGCCAGGCCAUCUCCCAGAUCUCAAAGGGCCCGCCUCCCGACCCUAACGACGCCAACGCCGUGCCGAGUAACGGCCUUUGCUUUGUCGCCUGCCUCGUCAUCUCCAUGUCCGCUGGCUUCGUCCUUGGCCAGAUCCGCACCCUGGCCAAGUUCUCCUGGCUGGCCAAUAUCGCCGUCUACAUCAAUUUGCUCGUCAUCUUUAUCUGCAUGGGAGUCGCGGCAAACUCGCUGCCCAACUUCAUUGCCACCGAGGGCACGUUCGGCCCCGACUUUGCUCCAGGCCCUAUUCGCACGUUCGCCGGCACGCCGCCUGACGGAUUUGCCAGCGGCGGCUCGGGCUUCAUCGGCUCCCUGAAUGGCCUCAACCAGGCCGUAUACUCUUUUGGCGGCUGCAUGGUGUUUGCCGCUUUUAUGGCCGAGAUGCGCCAUCCUCGCGACUUCUGGAAGUCGCUUCUGAUCGCCGAGAUCUUCAUCUACGUCGUGUACUUGUUCUUUGGCAUCUUCAUCUACUCGUACCAGGGCCAGUUCACGUUCAUCCCCGUCGGACAAGGCCUGUCGCCGUACGCCUGGCAAACGGCGACCAACAUCAUGGGUCUGUUCACUGCCAUGAUCGCGGCCUGCCUGUACGGUAACAUCGGCCUCAAGGUACUCUACGUCGAGCUGCUGCAGGAGGUCUUCAACGCCCCGCCCCUGACGGUUGCGGCCGGCAAGUGGCUCUGGGCGGUGCUGAUUCCCAUCUACUGGGCCGUCGCCUUCAUCAUCGCCGCCGCGAUCCCGCAGUUUUCCAACGUGUCGGGCUUCAUUGGCGCCCUGUUCAUCCUGUCGUUUACGUACACGCUGCCGGCGCUGUUGUCGCUCGGCUUCAAUAUCAAGAAAGACGCCAUGACAGAGCAGGAGCGCUUCGAUCCGAUCACCAAGACGUACAACUACACCGACUCUGGGUUCAAGCGUUUCGCGCGCGGCUUCCUCAAGCGCCCCCUCUUCAACACUUGGAACAUCAUCUACCUGCUCGGCGGGUUGGCCACGACCGGCCUCGGCAUGUACUCGAGCAUCGAGGGCCUGAUUGCCGGCUUUGAAGGCAAGACGGUUGCCACCAGCUUCGGCUGUGCCACACCCGUCUGA